AUGGCACAACUCAAAAAUCUUGACAGCCUGGAGCUCACUGAGCUGCGGACAAUUUCCUACGAGCAUCCUUCGAUAAAGUGUAUCCGUGAAGCGCUUCGUCAAUACCAGCUACAGUCUCCAGCUCAUUUCGAACUUGAGCUCGAAGUGCACCAACUAUCGGGCAGCACAAACCAUAACCGUGACGAGAAUUCAACGGAAAUGAUUAAGGUUCUCUUUCAAGGCCACUGUAUCAGUGGCUGCCUCAACAUUCCAGCCAAUUGCUGUGUCGUGUUGCGCAGAUGCCGUUCAGAGGGCAAGCCAUGGGUAUGCACAGGUGUCGCUCGAAACCAGACUUUGGAGGCACUCGAGCACUUCUUGAGUUCGGUCUUCCCUAUACUUGAUGCACCAUUACGAAAAGACACAUUGUGGCGCUGGUGGGGAGCGAAUGGCAAGAAGUUCAACUGGACUGAUCUUCCCACCGAACUGAAAGAACACGUUGUCGAAUUAUGUAUGCAUCGACCGCAUCAGCAUGGUAUUUACAGCGAGAGACUUGCACGCUACGGUAGGCGUUACAAGCCCGAUCAUAAGGUACAAAAGAUCGGACCCUUGGAGAUUGUAGAUCAACUCGGAGACUGGUACCAAUUACUUUACGUCUCGCACCAGAUGAGGGCGAUUACACUGCGACUCUGCAUCACUGGUGGCAGCGGCUUGACUCGUUCAAAAGGGCUGUGUGUAGCAUCGUUUUCAUACAAAUCUUUCUUCGAUAGCAUCAAUCGCCUCGGAGACUAUUAUCAGAUGAUCGAGCCGCAUAGCGUGCCGACAACAUCAAGAGAAGAAGUUCUUUCGAAGUGUUAUCGCCGUUUUCCACGCAUUUACCCCAACCUCAAGGGGUAUGCCACUUUCCGCCACGGUAUCCAGAAAAUCAGCCUUGGCAUGGACUUCCUCUCGUUUAUGCAAUUCUUCGAGGUUCAGACUGGAGGCUUCCAGCGCUACCACAAGGUUCGAGGGUUGACAUAUCAUAUUUUCGAGCGCCUUCUAAGCCUGAACGAGGUCGUCAUUGGUUUGCCGUUGCGACCACGCGGAGGUUGGAAGAAUACCAUAAGCCCUGGAGGUCCCCGGCUAUUCCACGAGGAGGCGCCUUGCCCGAGAAGCCUGCACCGCCUUAUUUACGAGCGCAUCGCUGAGGUACUAGCACCGUAUAACGUUUCGGUCAGGAACUUUAUCGACGAGGAAGAGACGCAACGAUUUGAAUUCGCCAGGCUGGAGGCAAUCAAAGCUCAGAAGUUCACCGAAGUCGAGCUCGAGGACCUCUAUGCCGAUGAUGGAGGCGGGAUCGGAUUGCCCCACGAUGUGGAACGAGGAUCGGGGGUGCCAAAAACUAAGCGGGAGAAGCGUGAAGCUGAGUACACUGAGGAUAUUCAUGAUGGAUUUUUCCCGCCCUUCUGCUACUGCGAAGAGCCUUGUGCGUCGUCACACACGUUCUGGGUGCCAGGGGAUCGUUGA